AUGCAGAUUCUCUCUCUCGUCCUUCUAGCUCUAGCUACUCCCAUCCGCACCACGGCCGGCGACGGAGACUGGGCUGCUGCCUACACCAAAGCUAAGACUUCGCUGGCUAAACUCACAAAUGCGAAUAAGGUUACGCUCGUCACGGGUGUGGGGUGGGAAAAGGGUCCUUGUGUGGGGAAUACGGCUGCUAUUCCUUCGAUUGGUUGGCCGGCUUUUUGUUUGCAGGACGGUCCUUUGGGAGUUCGAUUUGCUCAACAUGUGACGGCGUUUCCGGCGGGGGUUACCACGGGGAGUACUUGGGAUACGGGGUUGAUGUAUGCGAGGGGGUAUGCUUUAGGUGCAGAAGCUAAAGCACUUGGUGUUCAUAAUCAGUUGGGCCCUGUGGCUGGACCUUUGGGGAAAAUUCCAGUGGCAGGGAGGAACUGGGAAGGCUUUAGUAACGAUCCAUAUCUUUCUGGUGUUGCGAUGGCGAAUACGGUAGAAGGUAUGCAAGCAGCAGGUGUUCAAGCAUGUGCCAAACAUUAUCUUGGCAAUGAGCAGGAAUUAAACAGGCAGACGAUGAGUUCGAAUAUUGCCGAUAGAGUUAACCAUGAGUUGUAUCUAUGGCCUUUUGCCGAAGCCGUCAAAGCAAACGUUACAUCAGUAAUGUGUUCAUACAAUCGAUUCAACAGCACAUACGCUUGUGAAAAUCAGGCCCUGCUUACCGGAUUGUUGAAAAACGAGUUGGACUUUCAGGGUUAUGUUGUUAGUGAUUGGGCAGCUCAGAAGACUACAGUGGGUAGUGCGAACGCGGGCAUGGAUAUGGCGAUGCCGGGGGAUAAUUUCGGAGACAAUAAUUUCCUUUGGGGAACUGCUCUUCUCAAUGCCGUAACUACCGGCAAAGUCCCCCAAACUCGCCUCGACGACAUGGCCGUUCGCAUCCUCGCCGCCUGGUAUUUUCUCGGUCAAGACACAAAUUAUCCUGCCGUAACUGGCUGGACUUCCUGGAACGGUGGUGUAGGCGGUCCCAACGUAUCUUCAACCCACAGCACUGUUGCCCGAGCCGUUGCGCGCGAUGGAAUUGUUCUAUUGAAAAACACCAAUAAUGCAUUGCCGCUGAAAAAACCCGCCAGUUUGGCGCUGAUAGGCCAGGAUGCGAUUGUGAAUCCGGCGGGUGCGAAUUCGUGUACGGAUAGGGGGUGUGAUACGGGGACGUUGGCUAUGGGCUGGGGUUCGGGGGCUUGUGAUUUCCCCUAUUUGUCAGCGCCGUAUGAUGCGAUUAAAGUAAAGGCCACGACAGAUGGCACAACAUUAACCAUCUCGAAUACAGAUUCGAUAUCAAGUGGGGCUUCGGUAGCAAGGGCCGCUGCUACAGCCAUUGUGUUCAUUAAUUCCGAUGCUGGCGAGGGAUAUAUAACUGUCGAAGGAGCAACAGGCGACCGAAUAAACCUCGACCCCUGGCACUCCGGCAACGCGCUCGUCUCCGCCGUUGCUGCCGUAAACAAAAACACCAUCGUAGUAAUCCACAGCGUUGGCCCCCUAAUCCUCGAAUCGAUCCUCGCCCUCCCUAACGUCAUCGCCAUAAUCUGGGCUGGACUCCCCGGGCAAGAAUCCGGCAACGCACUCGUAGAUGUCCUCUACGGUUCUAUAUCCCCCAGCGGCAAACUCCCCUAUACCAUUGCCAAAACGCAAGCUGAUUACGGCACCGCCAUUGCCAAUGGUGAUGAUAGUUAUACCGAGGGUUUAUUCAUCGAUUAUCGACAUUUCGACCAAGCUUCUAUUGCUCCGCGUUAUGAAUUCGGGUUCGGCUUGACUUAUACCACAUUUUCAUAUUCCAACCUCGUGCUCUCGUCUAUUUCCUCCCUCCCCGGAAGCAGCACGCUUGUUCCGGGCGGAAAAUCACUUCUCUAUGAUACGGUCGCCAGCGUCUCAGUAACAAUCACAAAUAACGGGACGGUUGCCGCCGCAGAAGUAGCACAGCUGUACAUUGGAUUCCCAAGCACAGUUCCCAACACCCCCCCAAAACAACUUCGCGGGUUUCGAAAGAUGACUUUAGUGGCGGGUGCGGCCAACACGGUAAAUUUUGUGUUGCGGAGGAAAGAUUUGAGCUUUUGGGAUAGCGUGACUCAAAGCUGGGUAUUACCCACGGGGAACUUUGCCGUGUUUGUGGGGGGUAGUAGUAGGGAUAUUAGAUUGAUAGGGACGCUAUCUAGUAGUGGUGGUUCUUCGAGUACGAGCACGAGCUCAGGUCUAACUUCCUCUACUACGACUGUGCUAGUUCCGAUCACGAGUUCGAGUGUUACGUCCAGUUCGAGCAGUAUGAGUACGAUAACCAGUACUACUUCGGCUCCUGGGCCUCAACAAACGCUAUAUGGACAAUGUGGAGGAAUAGGAUAUACGGGCCCGACGGUUUGUGCGGGUGGGACGUGUAGAUAUGCUAAUGCUUAUUAUAACUCUAGAGGAAAUGGUGACGGAUUUUGGGACGUAGAAGAGAAAACUUUGAGGAGGGAAGAGAGAAGAGGGAAGAGAGAAGAGGGAAGAGGGAAGAAGGAGGAAGGAAGAAGGGGUCCAAAUAAGUUGUAUAUAGGAAAAACAAAGUAA